AUGGCGGAAACAGCAAAGGUAUGUAAAAACACGAUUUCUCAUGAAUUAUUAAUUGUUUGAAAACAUUCAAAGUCAAUUUUUACUUAUAGAUGAAGCCAUUUACAGCCAUUUUCGUCCAAGCACAAAACCGCAAACAUUUUCGCGCGUUUGUUUACGUUUGAAACGUGGCGUUUACCGUUGGAAACGGACAUGUUUCACUGCUCAUGUGACGUGUUAUAGUGAAAAGCCUAAUUCAGUUAUUUUUCAUGUUUUGAUGUGCUUUCGUGUACUUUUCAGUAUUUCCAAGCUCACGAUAUUGUAAGAGCGACCAAACUUGUUUAUAUUCAUACUUUUUGUGACUAAAAUGUAUUAUCAUGGGCUUGGAAAUAUUGAAACGUGCACGGAGGCACAUCAAAACAUGACAGUUGCGCCAAAAAUAGCUUAAGGCUUUUCAAUGUGACACGUCACAUGAGCGGUGAAACAUUUCAGUUUCCAACGGUAAACGCCCCGUUUCAAACGUAAACAAACGCGCGAAAAUGUUUGCGGUUUGUGCUUGGACGAAAAUGGCUGUAAAGUGUGGAGUGCAAAUAGAUCUAAAAAAGUGAUCGUUGUGGCGAAUUUGUUGGAAGAACUGACGAGGAAAGGUAUGGAACCGCACUAUAUUUUAAAAGUUUAUAAAACAUACUGUCUUGGCAUGCCAUAAUAUAUAAUAUAUAAAAUGAACUUCAUGUAGGGUACUUUGUUGUGUUUAAUAUAUUUUAAGACCCACAUUUUAUUCUGAAACUUUAUAAAUUCUAGGGUAUUUUAAAUACCCCCGUUGAAUGAUAUAAAACUGUUAGUAGACAAUAAAAAAAUCAUGUUAGGAGCUAGGUUUGAAAUCAGGUUGAUUUGGUCUUUCCUGUUUACGCCAAUUUCUAGUUAUAAUAUAGUCUUAGUCCCAAAAAAAUGAUGGGUUAACCCACACCCCAGCAGAGAUGUCAUCGAGAAAGAUAUUGCUAUUAAAUGGUGAACCAAUUCUAUUAAAUACAUAGGGAAUGAAAAAAUUGGCUUGAAUCCUGUGAAUGUGGGCGAUCUAAAGCUUGUUUUAGAGGAAGAUGGGACUGAGGUGGAUCAGAUGCUGAUGUUGAUGCUUCUAUCCACAAAUGAACUAUGGAGUGAUCGAAAAGGUUUCAACAUAUUUUUUAAUUAUGUUGUAUUAGUAUAUUUUAUCAAAUAAUUUAUCAAAUUACUUACUCAAAUUUGCUGCCAUCAACCACAAAAUAGAUGGUUUGGUUUAGUUGAUAGUGUUGACGUUUUGAUUGCAUUUUUUCUCAUGCGUUUAUAUACUUUUAUAUGAUAUUUAAUUUAGGAAUGUCAGCAGUCAAUCAAUCUGGACAAAAGGAAAAUAUUGCAGAAUCAUUAAAAAGUGGUUGACCAACACAAUAUACAUUAACCUAACCCUUGGUAACCCAAUAAUGGUAGGUAAUCUCAUUUUAAUAUAAUGUACAAACAUUUCUGGUCAUUAAAUGCUGUCAUCUUCAAUUUUGCAGGAUGACAUAGCUACCUCUACAACCAACACUAUGGGUGAUAUCAAAGAGCAAUAAAAAAUUUUUGGACGAGGACCAAACCCUAAGAAGCUCACAAAAUGGCAAGAAGCUGUUAAUGAUGAAGUAGCCAAACUUGUUCGUAAUGACCCAAUGCUUGUUCAAAAUAGAGGUGAUCAACAAAAUUUCGAAAUUUGGUCUUACAUAUACUGCACUGCACUACACUGCACUGCACUGCACUGUAAAUAGAUGAUAACAAGAUAAAUGAAUAACAAAAUGAGAUUAUUUAACUUGCUCCAAAAUAUGCAGAAAAAACUAACUCGUAAGAAAUUCAGGAAAUUGGGUCUUGGUUAGAUGUUCUUUAGCCCACAAACUGGUAAUGAUUCAAAGUAUUAGUUUGCGCUGUCUAACACCAGAUGAUUGUAAUAAUCAGUGGAAACGUACUGCAAGUGUCUCCUGCUAUCGUUGCUAACCCAUUAACUGACAAUGUGCCAAAAUUUACUUACACUAGUGUAUUAUUAUGUCUAAUGUGCCAGUGAUAUUACUUCUCAGUGAAAGAGUACUGUCAUUUUAUGGUUAUUUAAAAUUGUCCUUUUGAAUGUAGAUGAAUUAGUUAUUUUUCUACACGUAAUUAAUCGUUUGGAAAUUGGUACUAUGACUGUACCUUAUCAAAUCAUUCUCCAUUUAAUUAGGCAAGCUCUUAAAAAAAGCAAAAGAAACCGUCAUUUCUCAAGGCUAUGAAUUUGUCAAGGGUAAGUCAAGAGCAAGAUCCCUGAGUGAUAUGGACAGUGGUAAGGAAAGUAAAAGAAAAAAGACAGACAAAGAUGAAAGAGCAAAAGAAAUUCAGAACACUUCUGACAUUCUAAAAAAUAUCCAAGAACAAAUUGAAAUUAAGCAACUGCGUCUGCAAAAACAAAAGUCGCUGAACAACUUUUCCAAAUGUGACCAGAUAGUUGGCGAGAUAGGAAAGCUGAUGAAUGAGAAAAAGAUCUUGGAGAAACAGCUUAAGCAUAUGGAAAAGAAAGAAGCAAAAUCGAAGUGGUACUAUAACAAAAAGGGAAGCGAAAAAAGAAAGAGUGGAGAAAGCAAACAGAAAGGCAAGAGAAAAUCAUUUGACAUUGCAAAAAUGUUCAAAAAUGCUAGUGAUAUUUCUGAACACACUCUUACCAGCACGUCUGACUCAAAUGAGUCAUUUGACACCCUUAUUGUGAGCUCAGAUGAAACUGAAGGUGGAAUUGAAGCAGCAGCCGACAUCCCACGUUUAAUACGUACUAUGCCGACUUCCGUUUGAUUUUCAGCGUUUGAUUUUCGAAAAAAGUCAACCUUCUGUAGAAGAAGCAGAAGAUCAUUCCCCAGAUUUAUUUAGCCAGCAAGAAGAAACAGGAAACCAGUCACCAGAUAUGUUUAGCCAGCAAGAAGAAACAGGAAACCAGUCGCCAGAUAUGUUCAGUCAGCAAGGAGAAACGCGAAACCAGUCCCCACACAUGCUCAGCCAGCAAGAGGAAACAGGAAACCAGUCCCCAGAUAUGCUUAGCCAGCAAGUGAAAAGCAAUGAAUGUAAUGAUAUACAAAAACAAAUGGGGACAAGUGAUGGGGAUUUUGCUUGA